CUUUACCUUAAAAAAUUUCAAAAGCUCAUUAUCUCUCUCUUUGGCGCUGUUCUUCUUCUUCUUCUUCAAUGUUUCGCCAAUUCUUUUUCUGAUAAACAUCCAUUUCUCUUCUGGAUUACUUUGCUUCAGCUCCGAGCAGAUACAAGUUCCAGCAAUCAAAAGCUUUGGCUGCUAUAACAAUGGCGUUAUGGAUGGAGGCAGGUUCAGAACCUAAAACAGAGAAAGAAUUGGCUGAUCUUGUUGCUAUCUCCGCUCUCAAAGAGUCUACCGCUUUUGAACUUAAGGAAUUAGGUAAUGAAUAUGUCAAGAAGGGCAAGAAGCAUUACUCGGAUGCUAUUGAUUGCUAUACAAGGGCAAUAAAUCAGAAUGCUUUAAGUGAUGCUGAGCAGUCAAUUCUCUGUUCAAACAGAGCUCAUGUCAAUCUUCUCUUGGGGAAUUAUAGACGUGCACUCCAGGAUGCAGAAGAUGCAAUCAAAUUAAAUCCAAGUAAUGUAAAGGCUCUUUAUCGAGCAGCAAAAGCAUCAGUUUUUCUGAAUCUUCUGGCUGAAGCAAAAGGGCUCUGCGAGAAAGGUCUUCAGCACUCGUCAUCUAAUGAAGAACUGAAGAAGCUUGCUAGGCACAUCGAUAUACAGAAAUCAGAAAUGGAACGUCGUGAUGCUGAAGUGUCUAAAGCAGUAUCUACUGCUAAGACCAUUGUUUCUGCAUUUGAGACUAGAGGAUUGAAGAUUGCGAAGCCCAUGUAUCAAGAACUCACUGGACUAAGAAAACCAACAUUAGACAAAAAUAAUAUUCUUCAUUGGGCAGUUCUUCUUCUGUAUCCAGAGGUCAUGUCCAGUGACUUCAUAGAGGAGUUCUGUGAGACCGACAUGUUUUCAGCUCAUCUUGAUAUGAUGUUUUCAGAAGGUUGUCCACCUCUUCCUUGGGACAAAGAAAAUGCUUACACUCGCGAUGCUGUUGAGUUGUAUUAUGAGGCUUGUGCUGGUGUCUGUUUAUCCAAGCGGGAUAUUCUUCAGUAUCUGCUGGAAGGAACAGCUGCUUCUCAUGUCGAAGACUUUGGUGAUGAGGAGAGUGCUUCUGCUCGGAGUUCAACCAAGGGUAGCAUUUCACAAGAUGUCCCUGGAUGGGUUAAAAUUAAUGAGAAGACAACACUUUAUAAUGUUCUAAAGGAACCGAGUUUUGUAGUUCCUGGGCUUCCUGUGUUUUGGGUUGUCUCGAGGAACUCCAGCUUCUAUAAAGACUUCAAAUCUGGAAAUUGGUCUCCUCCAGAACUAGCAUGAAUCUGUCGUGGAGUUGCAAGUCCAUUAUGAGUUCCUAUUGUCUUGCAAGUACACUCAAUGUACGAUACACUCCGUUCCAUGUUUGAUAAUGCAACUGGGGUUCAUUCG